AUGGCGCGCGAGUCUGAUCGCGAAGACGCGGAAAAAGAAUUUGCCCCCCUCGUCAAAGAAAUAGUCACCUUCUCCAAAGACAUCAAGCAAUACGCUCUCUUUGCCGGUCCGAGACUGCACCAGAUCACAGCAUUUGGAUCGGUGGCGCUUGUCGGGGAUGCUUCGCAUCUUAUUAUUCACGUGGAAAAACACAGACUGAAGGUGGUUAUUGCAGGCGCCGGUGCCGGCUUCGCCCUCGAAGACGUCUACGUCCUAGGACAGGCAUUGAAAUGGGCCCAUGAAAAUGGAUUAGAUAUCGCCGCUGCGCUGGAUCUGGUUGAUCGAGUCCGGUCGCCGCAUUACAAGAAGUUGUACGACAUCCUCGACGAAUUCGCCGCCACAGACGCCUAUAUCAGAUCGCACAGCCCUCCGCUUUCGUUCGAUGAGGCAGUGGCCAUCCUUGCGAGGGAGACGUGGAGUAAACGACAUCAUUGGAUUUAUAAUUAUGAUAUCCAGCAAGUCUGGGAGGAUGCUGUCGCGGCGGAGAAGCGUCUGCGUUCGCCAGCUGGGUCUGAAAAAAGAUCGAAGCUGUAG